AGUGAAACCUUGUGUGAUUUUCAGAAGCAACGAGCCCGCAAGACUUGGGACAUUGACAUCAUGCGAAGGAAACUUCUAAGGCCUAACCAUGACUUCACCUAUGGCACAACCAACAAACCCUUGAGGGCCCUUAGAGAUGAUAUGCGCACCUUCACCCAACUCCUGUUCCUACUUGUUUUAUAUAACAUCCAACCUAAUUCCCACCCUUCAGAUGCCACUAUGAAUAUCAUUGGCCUCAUUCAUUACUUAAAUGAAGGCCUUGAAGUGGAUUUGGCCGGUAUCAUCUCUAGUUGGAUGAAAGAGAUUACCAUGUGUGGCCACCCUGACAAGAACCUUAAGUCCACUAUUUUGAGAUCCUCCAGCCCUAUGGGUUUCCCGUGCUUAAUUAUGGGAUUGUGUUUAGCUAAUAAGAUACACAUUCAUGAAAUUGGAAGUGAGGAGAUUGGGACAAUUGAUGAUGAGUAUGUGGAUCGGUACUGCAAGCCGAAGAAGAGAAGAGCUGCACAACAACCACCACCACCCACACCACCCCAGGCCUCCACCUCUAAUGUUCAUGAUCAGAAUUUUUAUAACCAUUUCACUUAUUUGUAUGAUCAGAAUGAUGCAGGGUAUAGAGCCAUGAGUGCAAUGCAGCAGUCCUUCUAUAAUCAGCACACCGGGCAGUCGGUGAUGACACCGCAAGAUUUCCAAGCCUAUGUUGCAUGGCCUGAGGUCAGGCCUACUUUUCUUGGAGGGGGUAAUGUAGCAGAUGCUGAAGCUGAUGAUGAAGGAGACAAUGCAAGUGAAGGAGAAGCUGGUUCGGAUGCAUCUAUGCAAGAGGGAGAUGGAAGUGAUGCUGGCUCGGGAUCUGGUUCUGCAUCUGGUUCCGAAUAUGGUUCGGAAACCGGUUCUGCAUCCGAGUGAAGCAAGCAAGAAGAUGGCUGAAAAUCUCGCCAAAAUGAGUGAACUUUAAAAAGCUUUCAGUCAUUUAAUGUUUAAAGUUUAAGUAGUUUAUCUUUUGUUUUAACUAUGUGAACAUGUGGAAGUAUGAACUUGUGUUGCCUGUUUUGUGUUUUGUUGUGAACAUGU